GCAGUCGUGUUUCAUCAAAACCAAACAGUAGUGUGUGCAUUUACUGCUGGUGCAGAUGUAUUUACAUUUAGCGUUGUGAUGUUUUGCUGUUGUUUAAUAAAAAGUGACGCAGCCGACGGGGUUUAAUUUAGGUGAAUCUUUUGGAUUUAAAACGCAGUUGAUUUGGGACGUUUGGGAUUGAGUGUGCUUGUAGAUUGCUCACAAAUUGCAGUAAAGUGUUGUCGACCUCAGCACAUCAGGUGUGAUGGCGGAGGAGCAUAUGAGAGAGCCGGUCGGUCUGGAUGGACUUCCGCCAAUGUACAGCAUCCUGAAGGGAGAGGUAGUUUCAGUCACUGCAUACGGCGCAUUCGUCAAGAUUCCAGGAUACAGAAAGCAAGGUCUGGUUCAUAAGAGUGAGAUGUCGGCCUGUCGGGUGGAAAAUCCUGCUGAAAUAGUAGACGUAGGAGAGCAAGUGUGGAUUAAAGUCAUUGGCAAAGAGAUGAAAGAUGAUAAAGUCAAACUGUCCUUCUCCAUGAAGUCUGUCAAUCAAGGCACUGGGCGGGACUUAGACCCCAAUAACGUCAUAGCUGAACAGGAUGAACGUCGCCGCAGGCAGUUCAGAGAUCACAGUGGGCAGAGGAUCACACUGGAGGCCGUCCUGAACACCACAUGCAAAAAGUGUGGCUGCAGAGGUCACUUUGCCAAGGACUGCUUUUCUAGUCCUGGACUGCAGUACAGUUUACUUCCAGAAGAGGAAGAGGAAGAGCCGCUGAGCACCCAGAUCACCCAAUCAGAGCCCCAGAAACGUAAAAAGGAAAAGAAGGCAAAGAAAGAAAAGAAGAAAAAGAAAGAGAGAAAGAGGGAGAACUCAUCAUCUGACAGCAGCAAUGAAGACGCCAAACGGCCGAAACAUUCCCACACGCACUCAGAAAAGAAGAAGAAACACAAGAAACACAAACACAAGUCGAAGUGAUUUUGGUUGGAAUGGUAAGAAAUGCGCAGAUCAUAGGUCUCAAACUCAAUUCCUGGAGGGCCGCAGCUCUGCACAGUUUUGCUCCAACCCUAAUCAAACAGAGCUGAUCCAAAAUAAUCAAGGUGUUCAAGACUACCAGUAACUAUUAAGCAGGUGUGGUGGUUGGAGCUAAAUCAUGCAGAGCUGCGGCCCUCCAGGAAUCGAGUUCGAAACCACUGGCGUAGAACGAUUCAGUGCAGACAUGUUGUAUAACCUUUAGUUUACACUGGGAACUAUUCACUUCCAAUAAGAUAAAUGCAAGCAGGAUAUUUGUCCAUUUGUGGUAUACAAAGAAAGCAGAGCGUUUAAACCAUUCACACACAUAUUCAGAAAAAAAUGGAAACGCAAACAUAAGUCAAAGUGAUUUCGGUUUGUGCAUUGUUGUGCAUGUUUAGCGAUGAGGAAAACAUUAAAUGACCACUUGGAAAGUUUCA